AUGGCCGUUGCUGGCCCAGCUCGCUUCAUCGUCCCCGGUCCCGCCGGACCCGCCCCAAUUAUUGUUGACGAAUUCUCCAUCUCUGUAGGACCUGUCAUUGUGGACGAGUACCCUAUCUCUGUAGGACCCGUUGUUGUUGACGAGGCACCCAUUUCCGUCGGACCCGUUGUUGUUGACGUGCCACCCAUCUCUGUCGGACCCGUUGUUGUUGACGAGGCACCCAUCUCCGUUGGACCCGUUGUUGUUGACGUGCCAACUAUCUCCGUCGGACUCGUUCAGCCUGAGAUCGAGCCUACCCCAGUGAUUGUUGUUGAGCAGCCUGAGAUCGAGCCUACCCCAGUGAUUGUUGUUAAGCAGCCUGAGAUCAAGCCUCCCCCAGUGAUCGUCGUCGAUGAGAACGUAGUUCCUGAACCAGUUAUCGUCUCUCCCAUCGAGAUUCACCCAGUCAUUACCCUCCCUGAAGAACUGAACUAA